GAAUGAUGACAUUGAGAAGACGAAGAAGAAGAAAACAGGAACCAGAUCAUAAACUGGGAGGACCUUCAUCUGACUGGGAGGAAACCCGAGCGCCUCCCCCCGGCCACACACACACACACACACACACCCUCUAAUCCCACGAUCCCGCUCGGCUCUCAGCGGGAUUGAUUCUGAAAGCGAGUGGGCUAAUUCAUGUUGGUGUCGGGGGCGUCUGCCGGGCUGAGGAAGAGGAGGGAGGAAGAGGAAGGAAGCAGGAUCACGUCACGAGAAGCAGCGGCGCUGAUGGACGGUCCUUGAUGCGGACAUUCGCCGACACCUCCGUGGAUCGGACAUGUUCUCGUGAGAAUCCUCCUUCAGCCUCACCCUCAUCCUCGUCGGAUUCUUCUCCGUAGCCGAGACAUGGAACUGUGUGGCGCCCCCCUCCCCCGCUCCCUCCUCCGAGCGCCUCUUUUCUGAAGCAUCGUGACCGCCUCUGGAUCCGAUCGCCUUCUCUCAUCUCAGUGCAGCGCUUCUCUUCUGAUCUGACGCUCUCGCAUUAACAGGCUCGGACCAAGAUGAGUGAGCUGGAGCAGCUUCGCCAGGAGGCAGAGCAGCUGAGGAACCAGAUACGGGAUGCCAGGAAAGCAUGCGGAGACUCCACCCUGACUCAGAUCACUGCGGGUCUGGAUCCCGUGGGCCGGAUACAGAUGAGAACAAGACGCACCCUUCGCGGCCACCUGGCCAAGAUCUACGCUAUGCACUGGGGGUCCGACUCGAGGCUCCUGGUGAGCGCCUCCCAAGACGGAAAGCUCAUCGUCUGGGACAGCUACACCACGAACAAGAUCCACGCCAUCCCUCUGCGGUCCUCCUGGGUGAUGACCUGUGCGUACGCCCCCUCUGGGAACUACGUGGCCUGCGGAGGUCUGGACAACAUCUGCUCCAUCUACUGCUUGAAGACCCGCGAGGGAAACGUCAGGGUGAGCAGGGAACUGCCGGGUCACACAGGUUACUUGUCUUGUUGUCGCUUCAUUGAUGACAAUCAAAUCAUCACCAGUUCAGGAGACACCACGUGUGCACUGUGGGACAUUGAGACGAGUCAACAGACCACGGUUUUCUCGGGCCACACCGGCGACGUGAUGAGUCUGUCGCUGUCGCCCGACCUUCGCACUUUUGUAUCGGGAGCCUGCGACGCCUCGGUCAAACUGUGGGACAUCAGGGACAGCAUGUGCCGGCAGACCUUCACGGGACACGAGUCGGACAUCAACGCCAUCUGCUUCUUUCCAAAUGGCGGCGCCUUCGCCACCGGCUCAGACGACGCCACCUGCAGGCUGUUUGACCUGCGUGCGGACCAGGAGCUGAGUCUCUACUGCCACGACAACAUCAUCUGCGGCAUCACCUCAGUGGCUUUCUCCCGCUCCGGGCGGCUGCUGCUGGCCGGCUACGACGACUUCAACUGCAACAUCUGGGACGCCAUGAAGGGAGACCGAGCAGGAGUCCUGGCCGGCCAUGACAAUCGUGUGAGCUGUCUGGGUGUGACGGACGAUGGCAUGGCGGUGAGCACCGGGUCCUGGGACAGUUUCCUAAAGAUCUGGAACUGACUGGAUUGAAGAGCCAGAGAACGGCAACGCACACAUGCUCAAGAGUCGCGCUUGCAGUGUGGGACCCUGUAACAUCAGACUCUGCAUCAUUUGUACAUAGAAUAUAAUACCAGUUAGUGUACACAAAAGUCACUUGUAAGUACGAUGUCAAUAUCAGUCCACUGAGGAGCAUUCACUUGAGAGGGAUUUUUUUUCCGUAUAUUACUUUGUAAUUACAGUUAAUUACAAUUUAUUUUUGCUAGUUUAUUACAUCACAGAAUAUCUCAUCUAACAUAGCUUGAAAUAUUAAACAAAAAAAAGAAACUCUAGACGUGGAAAGAAAAUGUGAAAAUUGCACGCACUUGUGAAAGAGAUACAUAUUCGGAUUUAAAAGUUCAUAAUUUCAAUUCAACGUCCACAGAUAAUUCCUGAGAUAUUGAAAUAGAUUCUAGCCACUCGACAGUGACGUGAUACGGCGCGUCGUCCCUCUCAAUUGAACGCGCUAUUGUGCCUCACACCUUCAGACUUCACACCUCUGAACAACCCCCUCGUCGUUUACAAGCCAAGUGGACAUUCUUUGCGACUGCUGUGAAGGGCGACCUCUGGUGGGCGACAGCAGGCGAUGCAGCAUCACGGUUUCUAUAGCGACCUUCCCACAGAUAGGGUUUUUUUAAAACGUUUAUUUUCCUCAUGUUCUUCCCGCGUGCCUCGGAUACACUACAAGAAUUAUUAAGAGACCUUGGAUCUGAGGUUGAGAAGAAGUAGAAAUACUCGUCUGAGUGAAGCAGGAGUGUAUUAACUGGACGUGACGGUGGUAAACAUUGUACAUAAUAUUAAUAAAUAAGAGCCGCUCCUGCAGGGUGCUGUUUUCUUCCGAUGACGUCAGAAUUCAUCCGCCCGCGGGGGUUUGGACUCUGGCACCAUCUAGUGGAACAAACGCGAACUGUUUGAAUCCAUCUAAUAUUUACGACGUUAGAAUUUAAAAGUAAAUACGUUUAACUAUAAGAACCUUUGCAGAAUAUAUCUUUUUUUUAAACACUUGUAUAGCAAAUAUUGCCCUGCUAAGCUCCCAAACGUCACCGUUUAAAAUACAUUUCAUGGACACAAUAAUACAAAAGUUAUGUUCUUAAACAUCACCUUUAAGACAGAGAUACUAACAUGACCUAAUUAUUCCCUCAAAAAAACUUGAACAAAACAGCUAGCAUUUAUAUUAGCAUGUCAAUUUAAACAUUUCAGUUGAUGCAAACAACACAGGCAUAAAUGAGUCGAAUCCCAACAGAAGAGAUCAAUAGAUUUUAUUUUUUCCAAACAUUUCUGUAUUAAGACAUGAAUUCAUUCAACACAAUCUUUUGAAAGUUUGAUCAAUCUAUGAAAUACAAUCUAGAGUUACCUCAAACGAAGAACACAGACUCAAGCACACGUCAAAAGAUAUUAACCAUCAUUCAACAAAAAAAAAACAUACAAAAUAAGAACAUUUCCUAUUUUUUGUCCAAAGAUUUGAUUCGAUGUGCUCCUCCUCCUCCCGACUCCACCAGCCACUGGAUUAUAAUUACAAAUAUAAAUCUGUCUCAGAUAAAGUCCGUCUCUUGGUUCACUUCGCUCUGAAAGGCAAUCACUGGGAUUUAUAGCAAAAGAAGAAGCAUCACGACGACAACCGAUUGUAUGGAACGACACCAGCACUUAUUUGACAUCGAGACCAAAGUAAAAGGGGUUUUGGAGGAAGCGACACACUAAACAGCCGAAGGCCACCGAGUCUUCACCUGCUGCAAACCGACAGCUUUCAUUGGUACAGACCCUUGUAUUGCUCUAAAGAGUCAAGCCUCUGGGGUUUCUUCCACCUUUGGUCCCUCAGCGUGCAAACACCGACACUAGCUGCGCGACGGUCAAAGGUCAUGGCUCUUGGCGCACAGUUUAGACUCAACUCUUCACCACGUGGGAGGAAACUGGAGUGCCCAUUUAGAUACAUUUAAGUUUAAAAAAAAGCUGCUUUCGUAGUCACUUGACCAGUGUCUAAAGUUCCCUCUUUAUUCCCUCAAUAGCAAGCUGCUGCUGUCUCCGACACAAAGAUGCAGCUCUAGUUUCAUACAAUACUUUCACUGGGAAUAGAAUUAAAAAUGGCUUCUUUUGUUAUUUAUCAUCAGAUCAGACAGGUGACAGUGCAUGAAAAGCUCUUUCCCAAAAUGCUGAAUUUGGGUCAAAAGAAUCAGGAGAAAUCGGAAAAGAGAAUUCUGAAUUGGAAAAAGAGUUUUAAAACAAAAAAAUCAGAAAUGAAAAAAGAAAGUUUUCAAUUUCGAAAAAAGACAAAAAUAAAAAUAAAAAUAUAUAAAUAAAAAUACAUUUAAAUUUCUGGGGAAAAAAAAUCGAUCGAAAAACGAUUCCAAACCAAAAAUAAAAAAAAGAAUUUACAAAUAUUUUCUGAAUAAGUCUCACUGCGAUAUCAAACUGCAGUUCCUCAUUUAAAGGUUUCUUGGGCAACAAGCUCCGCCUCCGUCCGUAAAACACAGUGACUCCUCUCGACCGAGAGUUUACUUGCAUCUUCUUAACAGCAUACUUCUUAUUGUUAUUUAAUUUAAGAGGAGGACACGAGUUCCAGACGUCACAAAAUGUUUUACAGCGUUUGGACUGUCAAAUCUAAAAAAAAAAAAAAAAAAAACAUUUAUUUCAAGCAUUUUGGGACAGAGCUCUGCUGACUGCACCGGACUCUUUUAAAUCGUCCAUAAACAUGUCACACCAAGAGCCAGUAAACGACGCGAGCGCAGCGCCCCCUGCAGCAGGUCAGACGCCAUCACCUGAGCCCCGCCCACCUCUCCCGGCUCGCGGCUGCUCACACGCACACACCCGCGCGCACACGCACACACAACAUCAACGAGAAGGAGCGAACGAAAGUCUCAGGUGAAGCUUUAAUCUCUCUGCUGUUAAACACAUUGUGCUUUGAUUAAUAGAGCAGAACACUUGAUAUAUAUAUUUAUAUAUAAAUACAAAUCUGUCUCAUAGAUGUACAUUCACUGCUAAUCUCAAGAUCGACUACUUACAUAUCUUAUAAAAUCUCAGGAUAAGUGGAGCUAAUCUCCCCAACUACCUGCUGAACCACCGACAUGGUAUGGCUUUUCUGCUGACUACCACCGCGACAGGCUUCUUCUCUUAUUGCAGCUCUACACGUGAAACAUGUGAAUUUUCGACGCCCCCUAGUGGGAUGUAAGCGCACUUUUUUUACUGGCACAAAAUCGGAUUCCAAAUAAGGGAGCGGUCUCUUCUUCUCCGUGGGACUUCAAGUAAGAGACUCAGAUGUGCGUUCUGAUCCUUCUCAACUCCAAGGCACUGCUUAAGCUGUAAACAUGAUCGGACGACGAAAACCCUCCUGGAUGGUGGAGGGGGGAAAAAAAAUAA